GCGCGGUGGGUCUCUUUCUGGUGUUGGCGAGGUGCAGCCGCCAUCAUGGGCCGCCGACCUGCCCGCUGUUACAGAUACUGCAAGAACAAGCCGUACCCCAAAUCCCGUUUCUGUAGAGGAGUCCCAGAUCCCAAAAUCCGCAUCUUUGACUUGGGGCGCAAGAAAGCAAAGGUGGAUGAGUUCCCAUUGUGUGGUCACAUGGUAUCUGAUGAAUAUGAACAGCUCUCUUCAGAAGCUCUGGAAGCUGCCCGUAUCUGUGCCAACAAGUACAUGGUGAAGAGCUGCGGCAAGGAUGGCUUCCACAUCCGGGUUCGCCUGCAUCCUUUCCAUGUCAUCAGAAUCAACAAGAUGUUAUCAUGUGCCGGUGCUGACAGACUUCAGACCGGAAUGCGUGGUGCUUUUGGCAAACCCCAGGGCACAGUGGCACGUGUGCACAUUGGUCAAGUGAUCAUGUCUAUCCGCACCAAGACCCAAAAUAAGGAGCAUGUGAUUGAAGCUUUACGCCGAGCCAAGUUCAAGUUCCCUGGGCGUCAGAAGAUUCACAUUUCUAAGAAAUGGGGUUUUACCAAGUUCAACGCUGACGAGUUUGAGUCUCUGCUUGCGGAGAAGCGGCUGAUCCCUGACGGCUGUGGGGUGAAGUACAUUCCCAACAGGGGCCCCCUGGACAAAUGGAGAGCAAUUCAUGCUGUUUAGAUUCUACUUCUAGCAGAGCCUCUCUCCCAAUAAAACCUAUUGGAUGUUG